AUGAAUGGUAAAAACAAUAAUGAAUUAGAAACGAAUAGUAAUGAUAAUGAAGCAAGGGGAAGAGACGUAAAUUUAGAUGAAAAUAAAGAUACUAUAUAUUCAGAAAAUGAAACUAAUAAUAAUAUAGAACAAAAAAAUGUCGAAGAAAAAAAAGAAAGUUCGUCUUUGUUCUCAAAAUAUUAUAGUAAACUUGUAAAUAUAAAUGAUAACACAAAAGAUAAUGAUACAACUUUUAAUCACGAAAACAAAGAAAGUACUUACUAUACUUUUAAUAAAAAUAACGAAAAUAGCGAAAAUAACGAAAAUGAAUAUAUUAGUAAGGAUAUAAACCUCGAUGAGGAAAAUAUUUCGAAAGAUCAUUUCAAUGAAAGUUUACAAAAUAUUAUUAAUUUUAAUAAAAAAAAUGUAGAUUUGGAUUUAUGCAGAGGUGAAAUAUACUUAACAAAUAAUGAACUAUUUUAUAUAUCCUAUUUGGUUAUGAAUAAUCAUUUUCGAUUUUCCCCAAUUGAAGAUCAAAAAAAAAAGAAAAAAAGAGAUAUUGUUAAUUCAGAAGAAUUAAUAAUCGAUUCAAAACGAAAAAAAAGUGAUAAUACAAAUGAUUAUUAUAAAAUAGACGAUAAAAGUGAAAUCGAUUUAUUAAAAUUAUCCCAAGAAAAUAAUAGUGUGCAUGAAAAGGAAGACGAGUUAACAGGAAAUGGAGGGAUGUACGAUAAUGAUAGUAAUUCAUGGAGUAAUAAAUAUUCUGAACAUGAAAUUAGCUUUAAAAAAAAACAACAAAUUGAUAUAUGUAAUGAAAUAUUAAAUCAUUUACAAAGUAAAUAUUAUGAACAAAUUUUAAAUAUUGAAAAUAAUUUUAAAAAUUUAGAAAAUAAAAUUGAAGAUAAUAAUUUUUUCAAUUUUAAUUGUAUAAUGGAAAAAUUGAGAAAUAAAAAAUACGAUAACAUUUUAUUAAUUUUCGAUGAUAUACAUAUGUAUCUUAAUAACUUAUUAUUUUUAUCAAAACCUUCAAGUUAUAUAUGGAUGAAAUUACACGAACUGCUCAACCAAGUAGCAAAUACAUUAUUAAAUAUACAUCAAAUGAAAAGAGAAGCAUUUAACGAAAUUGAUUAUAAUUUCCAAGAUGAUAAUAAUGAAAAAAAGGAUAUUAUAGGAAGUCAAACAAUAGAGCAAUCAAUAAAUGAGGAGGAAAAAUUGUCCUUUCAACUGCUUCUCGGAAAAUUACACCAAGACAUCCAUUUUGAGCUAUUUCGAAAAUUCAAAAGCAAAGCUGUUUGGAAAACCCUGGAAAGCGGUGAAAUAGAAUUAGAUGAUAAAUUAACAAAGGCCGAUGUAUUUAGAGAAAUGUAUAAUUGGUGUAAGUUACAACUCGAUUUAAAGGACAAACGAAGUGAAAUAUCCGAAUCUGAGAGUGACUCUUCAAAAGAUUCAUAUUAA